CUCCUGACCUCAGGUGAUCCACCCGCCUCAGCCUCCUGAAGUGUUGGGAUGACAGGCGUGAGCCACCACACCUAGCCAGAAACACAACGGUUCCUACUGGUUUUUUGCUUGUUUGUGUAAAGUGCAACUUUGAGAGGGAUAUAUGGCGUCUGGAAAGGAGAACAAUUGCUUUCCUAGACUCACCCAAGACUGGCCCCCCCUAGAAAAUGCACUCUCCUCCCCAAAAUCCGCCCCCUCACAGGAGGCAGGGUUUUUCUUUUGGGCAAACCUGCUCCUGGGGAGAGGAGGUGGCAAAACCUGUUUGAAGAUGAGGUUACCUCCCCUCCACACCUCCCUCCUUGGAGGCAAGAACUACAACAGCUGAGACAGAAAAGAGGUAAAGAAGUGUUGGGGGCUGGGACAACCAGCUCCCCAACAACUCCUAGGUGUUUAAAGAAGGAGGCAGGAAGACUUGUGAAGAUGGGAACUAUACAAGAGGCAGGAAAAAAGACAGAUGUUGGGUAAGUAAGAUCUUGGCUCACUUGAUUGGUAACAGGGAAUAAAUAGUCCUGAGAGACUUCCCCACCACCCAGCUCUUACUGGGUCAAAUCUCGGGUUCCUCAAGGAGACAAGACUGUAAGAGAAUUUGCAGAGAAGGGAUGAGGGUGGUUGUAGGUAGGAAAUGUCAGUAUGGUAUGGAUCUGGGGAACAGGGGAUUCCAGGAUAAUUCCCUGGUUUAAAAAUAAAGGAAGUUUCUAUAAUAUGUUGUAUCUGAUAAAUCUGCCUGUGUUCUUUAUUUUCUAACCCUCACCCUCCAGAAUGGCCAUUAGGAAAGCUGAACCAGAACUGAGUUUAGGUCCAGGUUCUCGUUGUGGCAAAUCUUUCUCCUUACCUUCUUCCUCCACCCCUCCACCUAUGCCAUGUUUUCCCUUAGCCACUCCCCAGAUGGGUGGAGGAAAGGCAGGCCUGACUAGGUGCCGUCUUCCUGACUUCGCUCAGUGAUAGCUGGGUGGGUCUAGCUGGGUUCCACCCCAUUGUAAUGUGGGAUAUCUCUAACCCCAACUUCGUAGGUGGAGCAAUUGCUAUAGAGGUAAAUAUGAUUAACUUUACAUUCCAUCUUUCUUCUGCUUUCAAACCCAACAAGCAGGUAAUCUACUUCUAGCAAGUGGUGAAGGUAAGAGAAACAUCUGUAUAGGAGGCAAGAGAUCUAAGUUCUUUUGAAGGCCUGCCCUCUGCUCUGUAUCUCAAUUACUGUUCUUCAUUUCAGUUAUUCUUACCUACUAUUCAAUUCCCUUAAUCUUUUCUUCUUGGGGGGCUGUCAGGGUCAGGGAGAUUGCCGAAGCCCCAGAACUAGAAGCAGCCCUGAGACAUGGGGAAUUGGAGCUGAAGGAGGAAUGGCAGGAUGAAGAAUUCCCUAGAUUGCUUCCUGAGGAGGUUGACCCUUCUGAAAAUCCUGGAGACCCUAAAGGAGAUUCACAGGCAGGUAGGUCAAGUAGAAACCAGGCCUCAAGUUCUUGAUUCCAGUCCAGUAAAGGGCUAUACCACCUCUAUCCUUUUACAGUUCCAUUUUCCCCUUCCCCAAAUCUCCGCUGCAUCAGUCCUUCUUCAGCGUUCACCCCAUAUUAUCACUUUCACAUACAGGAAUUCUAGCCCUCUCGGCCCUCCAACGCACACACCUGUCUUGGUUCUCUUUCUCCCCCUUUCUCCAACUGCAGGUACCCCCAGCACUUUAGCCCUGUGUGGCCAGCGCCCCAUGCGCAAGCGUCUUUCUGCCCCAGAGUUGCGGCUGAGUCUGACUAAGGGGCCUGGAAAUGAUGGAGCUUCGCCCACCCAGUCUACACCUUCCUCUCCUGAUGGCAGUUCUGACCUGGAGGUAGACGAAUUGGAGACACCUUCAGACUCGGAGCAGCUGGACAGUGGACAUGAAUUUGAAUGGGAAGAUGAACUACCCCGGGCAGAGGGUCUGGGUGCCAGUGAGGCAGCUGAAAGGCUGGGCCGAGGUUGUAUGUGGGAUGUGGCUGGAGAAGAUGGACGUCACUGGAGGGUGUUCCGAAUCGGACCACGGGAGCAGCGCGUAGACAUGACUGUCAUUGAGCCCUAUAAGAAAGUCCUGUCUCAUGGAGGUUACCACGGUGAUGGCCUCAAUGCUGUCAUCCUUUUUGCUUCCUGUUAUCUACCUAGAAGCAGCAUCCCCAACUACACCUAUGUCAUGGAACACUUGUUUAGGUAUAUGGUGGGAACUCUGGAGCUGCUAGUAGCUGAAAAUUACCUGCUUGUUCAUUUGAGUGGAGGCACAAGCAGGGCCCAAGUUCCACCUCUGAGUUGGAUACGCCAGUGUUACCAUACCCUGGAUCGGCGGCUACGGAAAAACCUGCGAGCCCUGGUGGUUGUCCAUGCUACAUGGUAUGUGAAGGCAUUUCUGGCACUGCUUCGGCCCUUCAUCAGUUCCAAAUUCACACGAAAAAUCCGUUUUCUGGACAGCCUGGGGGAGCUGGCGCAACUCAUAUCCCUGGAUCAAGUCCACAUCCCUGAAGCUGUCAGACAGCUGGACCGGGAUCUCCAUGGCUCAGGAGGGACCUAACACAGGACUGGAUAAAAGGCCUUAGAACCAGUUAGUGAUCUGCCUACACCCGAAUCCCUGAAACAUCUGAGCUGUUUUGUAAAUCAUCUUAUCUCCAACCUCAGUACCACUGGAUCUUCACUUCUCAGUGGGAUUUUGUCCUUUGCAUGACCCUGCCUUCAGCAGGGCUUUGAGACUGGGAAGCUGGUCUGCUGGGUGACUUUCAUUCCAGUUGUUGGGGCGGCAGGCUGAAUGUAGGGUCAUUUUGUAUGGGAUAUGCAGAGCUCUGGGGUUGUUUUGUUUUUUGAGACGGAGUCUGGCUCUGUGGCCAAGCUGGAGUGCAGUGGCACCAUCUCGGCUCACUGCAACCUCUAUCUCCUG